AAGCUGGUUAUGCGCAUUUCUAAUAGACACGAACAUUUGAACCCUAUAUAGUUAAUAUAACAGGUCAUUUUUUAGCUGUCCACUGCACGCGCGCGAUCAUCUGAGGUGGAACUCGUUGUGCACGUGAAGUGUGUUCCCCAAGCCUUCCGGACAAGGCGCGCGCACGUUUCUUCUCCCUUGCGCAGCGGCGCGCGGCUGUUCUCUUUGCGCCCCGCGAGUCACCGGACACCGCUGACACUCACCUCGCUUCCAGUGUGCCUGACUCCAGGAUUCCCCGGGAUAAAGACGUCUUCUGUGGCAGUGGCGAUGGUGAUUGACAGGUGAUCUGACAGAGGAAGACAUCAGACGCUGUCUCCGUGCUGGUUAUCAUGGGGUGUGUCUGUUGCAAACAGAAGAAGUCUGCCAAAGCAGCACCAGCAACAUCAGCAGCAGUAGACGUGACAGACCUGUCUCCUAGCAACGCAGAUGGAGGCCUUUCGGCGGCCUUGACUCCGGGCCGUUACUGUCCCGACCCCACCCAGACCAUCCCAGACUUCAACAAGGGCUUCUCGUCCAGCAUCAUCUUCCCCAACACCAACACACACCAGCGGCCUGGAGGCAUGUGUGGCGGAGUCACUCUCUUUAUAGCUCUGUAUGACUACGACGCUCGCACUGAAGAUGACCUUACUUUUCAGAAGGGAGAGAAAUUCCAGAUCAUUAACAACACAGAGGGCGACUGGUGGGAGGCUCGCUCUUUGGACACAGGCAACUCAGGUUACAUCCCCUCCAACUACGUAGCUCCUGUCGACUCCAUACAAGCCGAAGAGUGGUAUUUUGGGAAGAUGGGCAGGAAGGAUGCGGAGAGACAGCUGCUGGGCCAUGGCAACCAGAGGGGAACUUUCCUCAUACGAGAGAGCGAGACCACCAAGGGUGCUUACUCUCUAUCUAUCCGUGACUGGGACGACAACAAAGGAGAUCACGUCAAGCAUUAUAAGAUCCGCAAACUAGACAAUGGUGGCUACUACAUCACCACGAGAUCUCAGUUUGACACCGUGCAGGAGCUGGUAGAGCACUACACAGAGAGAGCGGCGGGACUGUGCUGCCGUUUGAUUGGCAGCUGUAAGCGGGGCAUGCCUAAGCUGGCCGACUUAUCAGUGAAGACCAAGGAUAUGUGGGAGAUUCCCCGCGAAUCCCUCCAGCUGAUUAAGAAACUGGGCAACGGCCAGUUUGGAGAAGUCUGGAUGGGCAGCAAUGAUGGACUGUGUUAUUACCUGACCAAGCCCUGUCCCAACUCCACCCCACUCACCAUGGGCCUCGGGCGGGAUGCCUGGGAGGUCUCCAGGGGAACGCUGUCAAUGCAAAGAAAACUGGGACAGGGCUGCUUCGGGGACGUUUGGAUGGGCAUGUGGAACGGUACCACCAAGGUAGCGGUGAAGACUCUGAAGCCAGGGACCAUGUCCCCCGAGGCCUUCCUGGAGGAGGCUCAGAUCAUGAAGAGACUCCGCCACGACAAGCUGGUGCAGCUCUACGCUGUCGUGUCUGAGGAGCCAAUCUACAUUAUCACUGAGUUCAUGAGCCAAGGAAGUUUGCUGGACUUCUUAAAAGAUGGAGAGGGGCAAAAUCUGAAGCUGCCUCAACUAGUGGACAUGGCUGCACAGAUCGCAGCUGGCAUGGCGUACAUCGAGAGGAUGAACUACAUCCAUCGUGACCUGCGAGCGGCUAACAUCCUCGUUGGAGACAAUCUGGUGUGCAAGAUCGCUGACUUUGGCCUGGCCAGGCUCAUUGAGGACAACGAGUACACAGCCAGACAAGGGGCGAAGUUCCCCAUCAAGUGGACAGCUCCAGAAGCUGCACUGUAUGGACGCUUCACCAUCAAGUCAGACGUCUGGAGCUUUGGCAUCCUGCUAACCGAGCUCAUCACUAAGGGACGAGUGCCAUACCCAGGCAUGAACAACCGUGAGGUGCUGGAGCAGGUGGAGAGGGGCUACCGGAUGCCCUGUGCCCCGGGCUGCCCCGCCUCGCUCCAUGAACUGAUGCUGCAGUGCUGGAGAAGGGAGGCCGAUGAGAGGCACACUUUUGAGUACCUGCAGUCCUUCCUGGAGGAUUACUUCACUGCCACAGAGCCGCAGUACCAGCCCGGAGAAAACCUGUGACCACACAUGUGUGGGACAGAUGUUGCGCAAUAAACGGACAAACAGAACGACAAUGACAGAUAGAUAGACGGGCAGACAUGGAUACAUACAUACAGAUACACUGCUAGGCAUGUCACACUACAUGUACAUGCUUUCAUUGUAUUUGUUCCACACAUAUUGAACACACACACACACACACACACACACACACACACAGCACACACAUAUUAAAAUACAUAUCAUUGCCUUGUUUAAUUGUUUAAAGACAGUUUCCUCUUUUUCGGUCACUGCUCACUGCAGCCCGAUCAGGACAGAUCAGUCAACCAUGUUGAAGAGCAGAGUCGGAGCUCUGCUGGUCAGGCCUUGCAGUAAUGUUGCUUUACUCAGUAACCAUGACAACAAGGAACUGAAAGAAGAUGUAGAUGGUUGUGUUGAGGUGGGGGAAGUCGAGUUGGUACAUGAUCUGUUCAGCUGCCAUAUAUGCUCAGGUCCUUUUAUUUGUGUGCGAUGUGAGCAAUUUAGUGGCCAGCUAUUUACAUGAGAUAGAAGUGUUGAUGCAGAAAUGAUAGAGGGUGCAACAGGUUUCAGACAACAGUUGGAAUGCUGUCUUUGGAAAAAAGUCAAAAUGAACCUUGUGAACCUGUGUGGUAACUGAGUAGAUUAUGUAUGCAGACACAGACAAUCCUAUGUAAGAUGCUUCCUCUUACAAUAAUCUUGAAAACAUAAAAGGCUGUUGAGCUGAUCCAUGUCAUCACCGAAAAGGGGGAGCUAAUUUCAAAUGUGCACCAAUAUGUGCCUUGAGGUCGGUCAAAUUAAGGGCUUUAGAUUUUAAGUACCUUUAAUACUGUGUUAGUAAAGUCUGAGAGAUGGUAAGGAAUGCUCUUUGUUUGUUAAUUUGUAUGACAAUUUUGUAUGAGCUGUCUCUUUUGUUGUUUUAAUUUAACUCAGAUAUAUCUGAUGCAUCACAAAGACUUGUAUAUCUAGCCAACAUGUAUACAGUUUCCAUCCAUUGGGAGGGCGGGGUGAAAUGUUACACACACAAACAAGAAAGAUCAGUGUUUGUUUUUUGACAAGUGUAACCUUUAUGUUGAGAUUGCCCUGUCAUGCUAUUGUAAUAAAGAUAAAAUAUCUUUUCUG